GCAGGCAGAGUCCUCCUGUCCUGCUCUCACCCUUGUCUCUUACCGAGAGAGCAGAGGCAAGGGGCUGUCAUUGGGGAAUCUAUGCGUCUGCUUUUGUGACAGUCACACUUAAGCCUUUAAGUGCUCCGGUUGUGUUGUGUUGGUCAGACUAUUGGAGAAGACAUGCGUCUAGUAUAAUGGAGAUAAAGGAUUCCGGCAGCGUGGUUCUGACAGGAUACCAUUCUUACACUCCGGCCAGAUCACCAAUAGUGGAGCAGAGCUUUAUGCCAGAGAUGCCAUCCAACCAGUCUCCUAUCAUCAGAAAAUCACAGUGCCAACGAAUAAACAGAAUGAUGUCCAAUGAAUCCUUACACCCACCUUUGCUCAGCCGAUCCAUCUCCGAGGUCUCUACAGACAGCUCAUCAAUGGAAGACUUCUGGUGCGAAGUUAAAAGUAUCAAAGAGAGUACUGAAAAUGGACAGGAUGAUAGCUUAGUAAUGGAGCUGAAACCUUCUGAUGAUGGCGAACUGGAAGCAGAAUGGUUACAGGAAGUCGGCUUGUCUACACUUAUCUCUGGCACUCAGGAACACGAUGGGCAGGCACUUCUGUCUACAUUAACACGGACUCAAGCAGCUGCAGUACAAAAAAGAUAUAACACCUAUUCACAAACCUUAAGAAAAAAGAACAAACAUGCAGUGAGGGAUGUGCGAGAUAUCUUUGGGAUUAAUGAUUCCUCUCCCACAUUUGAUCCUGUUCCAGGACUGCCUAUUUCAGCCAAUGGGGUUCAACUCCCGAUCAAAAAAUCUUUUUGGAAACAUGUUAACUUAUCAUUCUCAGAAUCUAUUGUGGAUGAUGAUAAACAAAAGGAAUGCAAAAUCAUCGAAUCAAAAGGAGAAUUCUGCUUUGCCAAGACAGAAUACCAAAAAGCUGAGCAUGCACCUCUAGAAGCCCUGGUAUGUGUAUGUGAGCCCGAGUUUGAACGGGUACAAACCACAUCUCAGGGAAAGACUGCAGUGGGGCCUAUAAGUGUCAUUUCUAAACAGGAGAAGAUUGGGGAUUUAGGCCCACCUCCAGAACUAACCAAUACUAAGGAGUGCUAUGGACCUGACUCUGUUACCGUAGCACAGGGAAACUCUCUAGCAGCAUGUGAGCCAAAAUUUAUUGUCUGGAAAAGUCGAUUUGGCUUAACUGAAGUAGGAGAUUUGUCUCUUGAAGACAUGAAAAAAAUCCGGUAUCUCUCUCUGAUAGAAUUAACGGCUUUCUAUGAUGCUUUAGGGAUUGAACUUAAAAGAAAUAGAACUGUACGAGUGAAAGUAAAAGAAAAUGGAUUGUUUGGAGUUCCCCUGACCACGUUGCUAGAAAAUGAUCAAAAAAUCCCAGGAACAAAAGUUCCUUUAAUUUUUCAGAAACUGUUAGAGAGGCUUGAGGAGACAGGAUUAGAAACAGAAGGCAUUCUACGGGUACCUGGAUCUGCCUCUAGAGUGAAGAGCCUGCGUGAGGAACUUGAUACAAAAUUUCAGGACAACACAUUUGACUGGGAAAAAGUUCGUAAUAAUGAUGCAGCGGGCCUGCUAAAGAUGUUCAUAAGAGAGUUACCCACACCUCUGUUUACAGUGGAGUAUCUACCUGCAUUUAUUGCUUUAGUAGAAAAAAUCUCCAAGAUCAAAUUACAGCUGCAAGCUCUUCAUCUAUUAAUCAUGCUGCUGCCAGAUGCCAACAGAGAUAUUGCCAAGGCAUUGCUAAAUUUCCUGAAAAAAGUGGUCGCCAAUGAAGAGAAGAACAAAAUGAGUUUAUGGAAUGUGUCUAUGAUUCUAGCACCAAAUUUAUUUAUCUGCAAGGGCAAAAGUGCCAAUCAAGAAGAAAUGAAGGCUGCUGCAUCUACUGCUCAUAUUGUCCGGAUCUUAAUUAGGUACCAAGACAUCUUGUGGACGGUUCCAUCCUUUCUGAUUUCACAAGUGCGGAAAAUGAAUGAGGCGGCUUUGAACAAUAACAAAAAACAGCUUAUUUUUGAUAAAAGCGUAAGAAAGCUGCUACGGAGGAAAACAAUGGAUCGAGAAAGACCUGAAAGGAGAGAGCACUGUGAUGUACCUGAGGGGGUAAUAAGAGUGUACGCUCCACUGCACUCAAAGGUUUCCAUGGCAAUACAGCUGAACAGUCGGACAAAAGCCAAAGACAUUCUGGCAAGAUUUCAGUGUGAAAACAGUUACGGAACACCUGAAAAAACAAAAAUACACUGCCAAAGUUUAUAUGAGAUAGGUGGAAACAUCGGGGAACAUUGCCUAGAUCCAGAUACAUAUAUGUUGGAUGUCUAUCAUGUUAACCCUCAUGCAGAAUGGAUUUUAAAACCAAAAACAAGUUGAGGAUGCUGAGCGUAUAAUAUGUUGACGUUACUUUUUUAUUGAGUAUUGCAAAAUGAAUGCAGUAUAAACUCUGCUAAAGUCAACUAAGGAUUUUGUGGUUUGUAAAAUAAAAGGUACUAUGGAACUAAAACUCUAACCUGUGGAAAAGGACUCUCUCAAUUGAGAAGUGACAUUUUUAUGUUUUUUAUUUUUUUAAAACGCUCUUACUUUUUCCAUGGAUUUGUUUAAAAAACACUACCAGAGAAUAACUGCCAUUACAUGGAAGUUUAUGCCAGGACGAUGUUUGUACCCUGUGAACUUUACCAGUCAUAGCACAAACAUGUAUACAAUUUUACCAGCAGUUUAACUUUGUUACUGUUAAAAAGCUUUACCAAAAAACACCAUGUGGAAAUUAAUGAAAAACAUCAAAACAAUGGAAAAAAUAUAACUAUUGUACUUUUAGUUGUCUAAAAAAAACACUACGUUUGUACAGUUUUAUGUUUAUAUAAUACUUUCUUUUUGAGUAUGUUAUGUCUUUUAGUUGUACACGUUUACGUGUAACUAGUUCUCCAAGCUUUGCUUAAUUUCAGUAUUCAUCUUUAAUUGUAUUAUUUAAAAAAAAUGUGUGUAUGUUUGUGAGUGGGAAAUACCACUUUCAGUUUUAAAGGUCAGAUCAUGUGCCUUUUUCUGUAUUUACAAACUUAUUUUAUAUACAAAGUUACAGCAAUUUUUGGAUAUCAUGACUUUUUUAAGACGCAAUGUGUUUAGUUUUUUUAAUGUCACAUUAAUCUUGUAACUUUAGUCUCAAGAUAAAUAUUUUGCAAAAAAGGAUGUAAGAAUUUGUCUGUUAAAUGCCAACAUUGCCUCAUGACCUUAAAUCAAAUGUUACUAUGGUGACAAAAUUAUUUAGACAUGUAGCGUUUCAAUAGACUCCUAUAGCCAAAAAACAGCUGUCCAGUCACUAUGCAAUAAUCUUACAUUUCCACUUACUGUUAUAGAAAACAUUACAUAAUUCCUGCUCAAAGUCCCUCAGAGCAUCUUAAAGGGACAUUAUACACCCUAUUUUUCUUUGCAUAAAUGUUUUGUAGAUGAUCUAUUUAUAUAGCCCAUACAGCUAUUUUUUUAUUUUUUUUUAAAUGUAUAGUUUUGCUUAAUUUUAAAUAACAUUGCUCUGAUUUUCAGACUCCUAACCAAGCCCCAAAGUUUUAGGAGAAUACUGAGGUAUACUUACUGCAGCUUGCUUCUGUUUGUUUAAAUAGUCUUUUCAUAUGCAGAGGAAGCGGAGGGUGGAGUGUCUGUUAUUUCCCACUGAAAGUGGGUGUUCUAGAUACCUUUUUAACAGAGCUAAACUGGGAGCCUCUAAGUAAGUUUUUAAAUGGUUUUAUACUGGAUUUUUAUAUCCGUAUCUGGGCAUAUUAUUCUUUAUAGUAGUGUCUAUUACAUGCAGUUAUAUAAAAAUUGGUGUAUACUGUCCCUUUAAACUGUUACCUAAGACUAAAUGGUUACAUCUGCUACCUCUUAAUCUCAGAACAUAUUAUCACUGAGAAACAUUUUAAUAAAGUUCUCUCAGUGAAACUAAAGUAUUAUUAUCUUUAUUUGUAGUUCUGCAAUGCUAUACAGGUGGUAAACUAAAUAAAGAUGAGUUAAAAAAGGCAGACUGGUACAGAAGUAUUACAGGGCACUGCUCCCUAGAAAACUUACAGUCUUAGUUACAGAUGAUGAAUAGGUUCACAAAAAAGUCAGGAAAGGGUGAAGUGAUCAGUUGAAGGAGGGAUAACAUCUGUAAAUUAUUUCCCUUGACUUUGAACCUCAUCUGACUUAUACCUUAAAGCAGGAACUUUGAUCUAAACUCCUAGCAAAAUUCAACCUUAAAGGGACAGUAAAGUCAUAAUUAGACAUUCAUGUUUUAGAUAGAGCACACAAUAUUAAACAAUCUACUUCUAUUAUUUAAUUUGCUUCCUUCUCUUGUUAUCCGUUGGUGAAAGGUUUAUCUAGGUAAGCUCAGGAGCAGCAAAGAAACUAUGUUCUAGCUGUUGAUUGGUGGCUGCAUAUGUAUACUAGUUGUCAUUGGCAAAACCAUGUGUUCCGUUAGAAACCAGAAGUGCACUGCUGCUCCUUCAACAAAUGAUACCAAGAGAAUGAAGCAAAUUUGAUAAUAGAAGUAAACUGGAAAGUUGUUUCAAAUGUUAAACUUUUAAAAACUAAAUCAUUAAAGAUUUUGGGGUCCCUUUAACUGGUUUAUCUUUUAUAAAAACAUAAGUCUGACAUAAUAAAUGUAUAAGCAAGUCUCCAAUCAUGACAAGGCUUGCCACUGUAAAUGCCAGAUGGUAUAAAGAUGGUUUGAUUUUCUAAUCACUUUUAAUUCCUAAUGAAUACAGGUUUUUGUGUGGUGCUAACUCCAUUUUCAUUAAAUAAUCUUCUCAGUGCAUAUUAUUGUUCAUCCAAAAUAAACAUAAAGUUCUGUGUGCA